UAACAAAGCGACUGUCCGUCUCAGCCAGAAAGCAACCAUGCCGCUGACCAGGUCACUGUCCAUGGGCUCUUUGAGCGGCCUGCCACUGUGGGACCAGGAGGAGCUACCCGUGGAGGACCUGCUGCUGUUUGAAGUCGCGUGGGAGGUCACCAACAAAGUGGGUGGAAUAUACACCGUCAUCCAGACCAAGGCCAAGGUCACCGUGGAUGAGUGGGGGGAGAACUUCUUCAUGAUAGGUCCUUACUACGAGCACAACUUCAAGACCCAAGUGGAGCAGUGCGAUCCCCCCAACGCAGCCAUCAAAGCAGCCCUGGAGUCCAUAAAAAACAACGGCUGCCAGGUCCACUUUGGCCGGUGGCUCAUAGAAGGCACUCCGUAUGUGAUCCUCUUCGAUAUUGGAGCAGCUGCCUGGAACCUGGACCGCUGGAAGGGAGACUUGUGGAACACCUGUAGCAUCGGGCUGCCGUACCACGACCGAGAGGCCAACGACUCGCUCAUUUUGGGCUCACUCGUGGCCUGGUUCUUCAAGGAGUUGACAGACCAGCUUCAGGACAAGCCCAACGUAAUUGCUCAUUUCCAUGAGUGGCAGGCGGGCGUGGGGCUGGUGCUGAUCCGCUCCCGUAAACUGCCCAUGGCAACCGUCUUCACGACACACGCGACUCUCCUGGGCCGUUAUUUGUGUGCUGGAAACGCAGAUUUCUACAACAACCUGGAUAAGUUCGACAUAGACCGGGAGGCAGGAGAGAGGCAGAUCUACCACCGCUACUGUCUGGAAAGAGCCGCGGUGCACUGCUCACACGUUUUCACGACCGUCUCCCAGAUCACCGCAGUGGAAGCAGAUCACAUGCUCCACCGCCAACCAGAUGUGGUAACACCAAAUGGCCUGAAUGUAAAAAAGUUUUCAGCUAUGCAUGAAUUCCAGAACCUGCACUCCAUGAACAAACUCAAGAUCCAGGAGUUUGUGAGGGGACACUUCUACGGCCACCUGGACUUCAAUCUGGAGAAAACCCUUUUCUUCUUUAUCGCAGGCCGGUAUGAGUUCUCCAACAAGGGAGCUGACGUCUUCCUGGAAGCGUUGUCCAGAUUAAAUUAUCUGCUUAGGGUGCAUAAGAGUGACGUGACGGUGGUGGUGUUCUUCAUCAUGCCGGCCAAGACUAACAACUUCAACGUGGAGUCUCUGAAAGGGCAGGCAGUGCGCAAGCAGCUGUGGGACACGGCCCAGUCUGUGAAGGAGAAGUUUGGCAAACGGCUGUACGAGGCCUUGCUGAGGGGCGAGAUCCCAGACAUGAACAAGAUCCUAGACAGAGACGACUUCACAAUAAUGAAGAGGGCCAUUUACGCCACGCAGAGACACACUCUCCCUCCAGUGACCACUCACAACAUGCUGGACGACUCAACGGAUCCAAUCCUGAGCAACGUCCGCCGCAUCGGUCUCUUCAACAGCCGCAGUGACAGAGUCAAGAUCGUAUUCCAUCCAGAAUUCCUCUCCUCCACCAGCCCGCUGCUGCCCAUGGACUAUGAGGAGUUCAUCCGCGGUUGCCAUUUAGGAGUUUUUCCCUCUUAUUAUGAACCCUGGGGCUACACACCAGGUGAAUGCACCGUGAUGGGUAUUCCAAGUGUAACAACUAACCUCUCUGGGUUUGGCUGCUUCAUGGAGGAGCACAUAUCCGACCCCUCUGCCUACGGGAUCUACAUCGUGGACCGUCGGUUCCGCUCAGCAGAAGAUUCGUGUAAUCAGCUGACCCAGUUCAUGUUCUCCUUCUGUCAGCAGUCCCGCCGACAGCGCAUUAUCCAGCGGAACCGCACCGAAAGGCUCUCAGACCUGCUGGACUGGAGAUACCUGGCCCGGUUCUACAUUCACGCUAGACACCUGGCCCUCUGCAGAGCCUUUCCUGAACGAUUCAAAAUGGACAGUCUGGCCCCUCCACCGAAUCAAGGAUUCCGCUACCCUCGGCCCCCAUCCGUCCCACCCUCUCCCUCAGCCUCCCUCCACUCCACCCCCCACCACAGUGACACAGAGGACGAGGAUGAUCACGAGCCCUACGACGAAGACGAGGAGGCGGAGAGGGACAGGCUGAACAUUAAAGCGCCCUUCACUCUAGGGGCCGUGCCGGAGGGUAAGAAGAAGCAGCCGAGCGACUACGGGAAUUAGAGGCCGCCACCGACUUCCUGCUGGUCCAGAGAUGCUCACUGAACUACGGUGCAUACCAGCUUCUGCUGUGGGACAAUUUUUGGUUCCUUAUAAGACACAAGUGUGGGCAAUUUCACUGCUUGUGUAGACUGUCAUCACAUCUGCCUUACAAUCCGAUGUGGACUCCCGUCAUCGUCACUUGUUCCGAUCUGAACAGGUAAACAGUUGAAUAAAGUCGUCCCACGGGUUUUCAUCACUGAAA